AUGAGCACCGCGACACAAAGGAAGAACAGAGUCAUCCAUCCUCUGACGAGGGAACAGACAAUCCGCGAAAGGACAAUCUUCCUCGCAGGCACAACAAGCAAGAGAGACUGGCGCAAGGAUGUCGCCGACUCACUGGCUCAUCUGCCGGUGGUCAUAUUUGAUCCCUUCCGGCCGGACUGGGACAGCACCUGGAAGGAGGAUAUUUCGGAUGAGAGAUUCAGCAACCAGGUUAACUGGGAGCUGGAUAUGCAAGAGAGGGCCGACAUCAUCGUUGUUUACUUUGAACCGGAGACAGAAGGCCACAUCAGCUUGCUCGAGUUGGGACUUUGUGCUCGCUCAAAGGGAAAGGUCAUCGUCGCUUGUUCUGAAGGGUAUAAGAAGAGGGGCAAUGUUCAAGUCGUCUGUUCGAGAUAUGACAUUCCAUUCGUGGAGAGCUAUGAAGAGCUGGUUGAGAAGCUGAUCCAGAAAUUAGAGGCAACCGAUGUCAAGGCUUGA